AUGGAGAGGUGCUCGGGCGAGAGUGGCCGAUGCAUGCGACUUCGGCUGAGGGACGGGGAUGGACCAGCAGACUCAAGGGGAAACGAACAGCGCUGGCCCGACGUCAUUCGACUACGCUCAGGCAUCAACAGCAUGAAGAAUGGCACCAUGGACAGGCAGCGAAUCCUCUCGGGCCUCUCUAGACGCGACGGCGCGCGACAGGCCGUGAACCAGCUCGACGGUCUAGUUUCAAGCAGCAAGCCUAAUCACCAUUGGACGAAGGCCCAGUGA